AUGGCGGUGGUGGACGAGGCGCGAGCGGAGGCGAUGAACGAGGAACGGUGGAGAACGGUGGAGGAGAAAACGGUUCUAUCGUGUACCACGUUCAACGUGCUUGCGCCGAUCUACAAGAGAAUGGGUGUCGAGAGCGAGAGGGAGAGCGCGUGUCAGCAUGUAUGGCGGGAGCGAAAUCAGGAGAUCAUCAAAACGCUUCUCGACACCAAGUCGUCCAUCCUGUGCUUGCAGGAGUGUUGGCUGGCCAAUCCGGAGUGGGUAGACAUGUACGACACAGCGUUACAGGGUGCUGGUUACCAGCUUCUCAAGCUGCCUCGCACAAACGCCAGGGGAGAUGGCCUCGUGAUGGACGGCAGUGAGAGCAUCGGAGUGGGCGGUGGUAGACCACCACCUGCUGUUAUCUUUCCAAUGACUCCCCUUCGUUUCCCCUACACUUCCCCAUCCCCAGGCCUCAUGAUGGCAGUGAGAGCAUCGGAGUGGGCGGUGGUAGACCACCACCCGCUGUGCUUCAACGACUGUGGCGACCGGGUGGCACAGAUUGUCCGACUCCGAGCAAGGCGAGGAGGACGGGGAGAAGGGAAUAGAAGCAUGAAGGGAGGAGAGGUGGAGGAGGGGAGAUGGGGGACGGGGGAGGGCAGAGGAGAGGAGGGGGAGGGAGGGGAGGAGGUGGUGGUGGCAAACACGCACUUGCUCUUCCCACACAACGCCAACUCCAGCAUUGUUCGUCUGUGCCAGGUAUACAAGCUCCUGGAGCGCAUUGAUGGGUACAGAGAGGAGCACCACGCCGGUGCGCUGCCCGUCAUACUCUGCGGGGACCUGAACGGCACGAAGCAGGGCAACGUGUACAAGCUGCUCAGGGCGCAUGGCUUUGUCUCCUCCUUUGACUCGGCGCACCACCACAGCGACGACGACGAGCAGUGGGUGAGUCACCGCAACCACCACGGCAACCUGUGCGGGGUGGACUAUGUGUGGGUGCUCAACCCAGAGCAGCACCACCGAACGCUUGCAGUCAACUGGCGGACGGCGGUCUUUGGCCUUAUUCGAUCCAAGCUCGCUUCGGCCGGCAUCACCAAUGUCGAGGCAGCUUUUGAUUUCUUCCUGCGGGCGGGUGAAGGGCACAAAGCCAUGGGCCCCCUGGCGCAUGGCGGGCGAGUUUUUCCUGAAGGGGGUGCUGCAGGGGAUCAGGCGGCUGCUGCUUUCAACAUGGGUGAUUUCCAGAGGGGACUGGACCGACUGGGGUUGACUGGCGUUGACUCCAUUGGACUGACGCGCAUUGAGGUGGAGGAGCUGAUGCGGUCCGCUGACUGCCAGGGGAAGGGCUGCGUUGACUUUGAAGACUUCAAGGCUCUCUUUGACCAACCCACGUGGGAUGACACCGUGGCAGCUCUCAGGCACUCUCUUGCCACGUCAUGCUCUGCUGACUCACCUCCACCACCUGCUGAAUCAACCGCUGCGGGUGCUGCUGACGUCCACAGUACCACCUCUGACAUCAGCAGUGCCUCGACUGACAUCACCAUCACCUCACCCGACAUCAGCAUCACCUCACCUGACAUCAGCAUCACCUCACCUGACAUCAGCAUCACCUCAGCUGACAUCAGCAUCACCUCACCUGACAUCAGCAUCACCUCAGCUGACAUCAGCAGCCCUGGUCCUCUGAGUUCAAUGUGCAAUCUUUCCACCACCAGCAAUCAACAAACACAGCACACUCAAUGCGUAUCCACAGCCAUCCCCUCUCACCCGUCCUCUCCCUCCCUCCAGUUCCUACCCUCGUCGCAACCAUCACGGCCCUUUUCCCCAUCUUCCCACCUCUCCCCAUUCCCAUCAUCAUCACCCCUGUGUACAUCUCCCAUCUCACUCCUCUCGCCUUCCCCCCUCCUUCACUCGCUCCCCCACACUCGCACUCACUCUCUCCCAGUCAUGACUUGCUCGUCGUCCUCCUCUACCCUGACCUCUUCCUCUACUCCCAUCUCCUCCUCUCCGCCACCCGCUCAAUCCCACCACUUAUUCCACUCUUUCGAACCUUCCAUGCAGUUUCCUCAUCUGCACCUAUUCAGCCAUCUCCCGCUCUUCAGCAAGGCAGUUGCUCUUCAGAUUCACUCAAUGGGGGAAGGUGGGAAAACAGAGGGAAGAGUGGGAGGGACGACCGAGGGGAGGGUGAAGGAGCAGCUGGGUAGUGGAACGAUGCGAGGGAGCAGUGGAAGGGAGGGAGGGAGCAUGCAGCUGCAAGGUGCAUUGAAUCUGGACGUGCUGCAAGCAACGCUGUUCCCAAGGGCCAUGGAGGAGGGCGUGUGGCCGGAAGACUACACCAUUUCUGACCAUGCUGUGCUCACUGUGCGAUUUGGGCGGAGUUGA